UUCAUCCUCGCCGCUACCCCAGCGUUCGCGGCGGUCAACGGGCGGUGCACCGGCAACGUCGCAAAUCCCCACAAGCUGUACGGCAUCUGCGUCUCGACGGCGACGUGCGAAAAAUAUGACGGCACUACAGUUAACAACGGCUGUCCCAAUGAUGGCAAUGACAUUAAGUGCUGCUGGAUCACUUCAUGUUAUGACGGGCGCUCGUCGAAUUGCCAAUGGAAAAACCAGCAGUGUGAAAGUGGAGUUAAAACAGGGUAUUGUCCUGGGAAAGAGAACUACCAGUGCUGCGACUUU